UGAAAAAGGUUACGAAUUAGAAGAAAAUUUGUGGAAAACAUAAUAAAAUAUUAAAUCAGUCCAAAGGAAAAACCAAGGUGUUCGGUGUAACAACCAUCAAUAAGUUUGCAGCUCGUUGGAAAAAAAGCUCUCCGAGAUGGCCUUAGUUGCUGUGUCGGUGUCGGACGGCGCUUUCCAAUGCGACCACGCGAACAUCACCAGGACAAUUUUAGAUGGAAGAGCCAAGCUGCUCUUAAUCGCCAGCUCGACUCCCACCUGGAUGAGCGACGAACUUACAAUCUACGCAGAAAUGAUGCGCUGCCCCCUUUUGCGCUACGACCACAGUGAGAUCAAGAUUGCCACUGGCAACGGCAGCACGCUCUACGCCCGUUGCAUUGUCUUCACUGAUGCCCAGGCUGCCUCCGAUAUACUUUCGAUGGUACCUGAAUAAAAAAAUUCAUUCGCUAGACAUGUAUAUGACAAUGUUUUGUGUGUGUCUGUGUGUUGUGCCACUUCGGCCAGUCAUUCUUUGAGUAAUCCCUCGGUAGCAUAUACGAACUUUCGCAUUAACGGAGGACUUUGAAGACUGAAAGCACCUAAAUAUGACGCACAGAUUCUGCGUUUCUGUGGUUUUGCGAGAAAUUUCGAGAAACGUAAAGCAGUGAGGCCAAGUUGCAUGCAGGUUAAACAGCUGACGGAUUCUAACCUAGAAAAUUGUAAUUGUCUCAUUGUUUGAUUUAUCUCUUUAUGUAGGAACCACUACAACAGGGAAUCUAUUGCGGUGGCUGCCACAUGGAAAGAGUAUGCAAUGCUUCGGCCCCAACGGCUGAAGCGCCUUCUGUUUCUGCUGCUGUCUUUUCUGUGGCUAUUUUGCUCUGCUGCAACGCAUUCUGCUUUGGUAUGAAGAGGAAGCGACAGGCUGAAGCCCUGUGCUCUCCUCUCUGCUCUCUUCUGCAGCCGAAAAAAAAGAGACAGCAAGUGCGUUCUCCUUCCCAUUCCGGCUAAUGCCUGCUGCCAGGCAAUCAGCUGUCUCCAAGGGUCUGUCUGCGGUCGGGCUUCAGCUACGCGUGCGCGUAAGAGGCAGGGGAGUCGUCCCCAAAUUGACGGAUGUGGGAGCAAUGAUGUGAAGCCAAAGCAAAGUUUUGGAAGAACACGCACAUGAGGCAGAGUAUAUCAACACCAUUCCAUUCGUAGUCACCUAUCUUCGACCCUAAAUCGUUCUUUGUGUUGGGGUUGUCGUAGGGCUUAGAUUAGUUGAGAUAGGUCUUCCUCCAUUAUAAUCUUAUCAUUUUAUAGGCUCUAAAGUUCCCAUGACUACCUCCUAAAGCUCUUUUUUGAAUCUUAAGUUGUUGAACCUAUUUUUAUCCAGAGUAAAGCC